GUCUCCAAAACUAGUCCCCGCCCCUUCUCUUGUUGACCAAAAACUUGCAUGAAUUCGAUUUGAAGGCAGGCCUUCUUGCUACCCAACGGGACUCGUACGAAGUACAGAAUCUUGGAGGUUUGAAAACAAAAUCAAAGGAGGUAACUCUUGGGAGGGAGCUCAACCAUGUCUAAAAGUGAGACAGAGGAGAUGAUAGAGAUUGAGAUCGAUGGACAGGAGAAACAGGGAUGUCUGGAGGAAGGGGUGGAAGAAACAACCAUCACAUCGGCCGACUUGAUCCAGCAGGACAUUGACAUCAACGAGCCAAUUGGCAACCUGAAAAAGCUUCUAGAACCCCGUAUCCAGGUGUCUCUGGACGGCUAUGACAUCUGUCUGCAGGACAUGCAGCUACAUCCUGACCAGAGCCUGUUUGACCAGGGAGUAAAGACAGAUGGCACAGUGCAGCUCAGCCUACAUAUCGUCACAAAGCCAGGCGAGGAGAAGCUCAACAUCCUGGAGAUCGUGAAGCCGGUGGAGACAGUGGAGGUGGUUAUCGACCCCGACGCGGCAGGGGAGGAGGGGACUCUGGUGGAGGAGGGUCAGCUGAUCGCCAUGGAACGCUCCACCCUGGCGGAUGACACCUCGGAGCAGGUUACCCGCUGGGCGGCCGCCCUGGAAGGCUACCGCAAGGAGCAGGUCCGUCUGGGCAUCCCCUAUGACCCAGUGCAGUGGACAGCAGACCAGGUUAUCCACUGGGCUGUGUGGGUGAUGAAGGAGUUCAACAUUGAUGAGAUGGAGGUAGGAGGGAUUCACAUCCAAGGUCGUGACCUCUGCUCCUUCAACCAGGAAGAGUUCUUGCAGAGGGUCCCCAGUGGAGAGAUCCUAUGGAGCCACUUGGAACUGCUGCGCAAAUAUGUAUUGGCCAGUCAAGACCAAUCUGGCGAGGCCACGGUCACCAUUGACCAACCGGUCCAGAUCAUCCCAGCCCCGGUGGCCACGCCCACCACCAUCAAGGUCAUGAAGCAGAGCCGUGGUGCCAGAACCCCACGCAUCUCAGGGGGGGAGGAACGCAGCUCACCUGGCAACCGCACGGGUAACAACGGUCAGAUCCAGCUCUGGCAGUUCCUGCUGGAGCUGCUGACGGAUAAGGACGCCCGGGAUUGCAUCUCCUGGGUGGGCGAGGAGGGCGAGUUCAAGCUGAACCAGCCUGAACUGGUGGCCCAGAAGUGGGGCCAGCGCAAGAACAAGCCCACCAUGAACUACGAGAAACUCAGUCGAGCACUCAGGUAUUACUAUGAUGGGGACAUGAUCAGCAAGGUGCAGGGCAAGCGCUUUGUCUACAAGUUUGUGUGCGACCUGAGGACUCUCAUAGGCUACAGCGCCGCCGAUCUCAACACCCUGGUCACAGAGUGCGAGCAGAAGAAGCUGGCACGCAUGCAACUGCAUGGGAUUGGUCAGCCCAUCACCACAGUAACGCUGGCCACAACCGCAUUGGAUAAGGACAGCUGAGGGUCGGGGGUCAUUUUUGGAUCUCUCCGAAAUCAACAUUUGAUGCCAGUGAAGAUCUGUGGAAACCUAAUGGGUGGAAAGGGUGGGAUUGUAGCUGCAAUUUAGCUGGUUGAAACUGUCACCCCUGGCUUUACCUUUCCAACCUGCUCAGAUCUCCAAAGGGGCAUGGGGUUGAUUUGGGAUGGGACCUGAGAGAAGUUGUCCUUGAGACUGAUUUAAGAUCAGUUUUCCGUACCCCAAUCAUAGCCUUUGCCGUGAGGGGUGAACAUUAAACAGACCCUCCGGACCUGCUUCCCGACACAGAUUAAGCCUGUUCUAGAACUGAAGUCCUUCCAGUGGAGACCGGCCACUGUUCUAGUCUAGGACCAGGCCUAACCUGGGGAACCUGCCCUAAAUAAUCAGUGUCUAUGGCCAACUUUGGGGGCAGGGGCGCUGUUUCUUUUUUUAUUUUCAUUUGAUUCUAACCAGGGAGAGAUGCUUUCUUUGAGUGCGUAUGGUCGCGUGAAAUGAUUGAGACCCGAAGUCUCUUGUGUGUGCAUAUGUCUGUUUAAGAGACAACAUUUGUGAACGUAUAUGCGCUUCGCAUCAUUGGUUCCUUCUUGUAGUUAAGUGGGGUUACCAUUGUAUAUACCGCUUAUCUAUGUUUUUGAUAGCCUCAAAGGGCAGUGUAUUUUCAUAUUUUCAAUUUCUAAAGGAUCUGUUUUGUAUUUUAUUUAGUGUCUCUUGAGCUGGGCCUUUUCUGUCCAGCAGGGGGAGUAAUAAAGUGGCAAAUGUUCCUAUGAA